AAUACUGCCUCAAUGGUCAAUGGAGAACUCAGAACACUUUCGAAAUGAAAUCCGAGCAACGCAGCUACGAAAACUUUGCCGCUGUGCCCAGCACCGUCUUUCGACUCAUGGGCUACAAUGUGUUGGACGCUCCCGAUGAGACGCGCACUCGGAGGCUGGUGAUGUGGAUCUACCGCUGGAUAUGCACCUCCAGCCACGUCGUCUGCGUGGCAUUCAUGAUAUUCCGCAUGUUGGAAAUGACGACCAUAGACAGCGUCUCGCUGAUCAUACGCUACGCGACUCUGGUCACGUACGUCAUCAAUUCGGACACCAAGCACGCCACCGCCAUGCAGCGGGACUCCAUCCAGAGCCUCAAUAGGAAACUGGCGGACUUGUAUCCGAAAAGUGCGCUCCAGAGAGCCUAUUAUCGGGUGAAUGAACACUACUGGUCUCGAUCAUUUCUGGCCAUGAUCUUCUUCUACAUUGGCUCCUCGAUUAUGGUCGUCAUUGGUCCCAUUCUGCAGUCGAUCCUCGCCUAUUUCACACAGCAGCAGUUUACGUAUCAGCAUUGCUAUCCAUAUUUCAUAUACAAUCCCGAACAACAGCCGAUCUGGAUCUAUGUGGGCAUCUAUGCCCUGGAGUGGCUUCACAGCACCCACAUGGUGGUCUCCAACAUAGCCACAGACCUCUGGCUGCUGUGCUUUCAAGUGCAGAUCUGCAUGCACUUCAGUUGCAUGAUUCGGUCCUUGGAGGAUUACCAACCCAAUCUGACGCACGAGAGAGAUGAUAAACACUUCCUGGCGCAGAUGGUGAACAAGCACGAAUACCUGGUUCUACUUCAGAACGAUCUCAAUGGCAUUUUUGGUGGGUCGCUGCUGUUGAGUCUCAUUACAACCGCCGCAGUGCUGUGCACGGUCUCCGUGUACGUACUUAUACAGGGCCUAAACUUGGAGGGGAUUACAUAUGUGGUUUUCAUUGGCACUUCAUGCAUGCAGCUGUUCCUGGUUUGUAAUCAUGGUCAGCAGGUUCUCGAUCUGAGCGCAGACAUUGGCCACGCCGCGUACAACCACAACUGGCACAAUGCCUCGAUAGCCUACAAGAAGUAUCUGCUGAUUAUUAUUAUUCGGGCCCAAAAGCCAGUUGAACUGAGCGCCAUGGGGUAUAUGCCGAUAUCUCGCGACACCUUCAAGCAGAUGAUGAGCGUGACUUACCGCGGUCUUGCCAUGAUUCGUCAAAUGAUCGAGUAGAAAGGGAACAUAUAUUCUUUAAACAUUAAUCAGUUUUAAUCGCACUACACACUAUAGAAAUUUCCAGUCACCAGCCUCA